AAUUUGAAAACCAAAAAAAUUUGUGUUUUUAGAGAAACCUUAGGAAAACACGUCAAAUUACCGGCAAUCAAGGUUUAACAUUGAAAUGAGUCAGAAAAUAUUGGAUAAAUCAAUAUUAUUUUGUGAUUUUGAAAUUAAUAUAAAUAAAUACAGUUGUGGAAUAUUUGGCGAAUCGUGCUUAAGUGAUUAGUUAAAAAGGAACUUCCUUGCUCGAAAGAAUUGAAUUAAAAUUUAAAUUCUAUACCAAACGGCGUUCUCAAUUAUCUAUAGUCCAAUAAGUUGACUUUGAUUACAAUAAUACUCAAAUACGGACUUUGAGCACUCAUACUUACUUAUACUAUAUUCUACAAGAUGCUGGAUUCCCUUUACAAUUAUUGGGCAAAUUUACCUGGUUAUCAUGUAUUAGGUUUCGGAUUAAUCGCUUAUUUUACCUAUUAUCUUAUACUAGUGGUUAAACGCCCCACAUUUGUUUGCGCCGAAGGACCGCUUAAAAAUUAUCUUCUGCGGGAAAUACCAACAUUGAGUGUUAAGUUUUGGCCUACAUUUUGGUGUUUAGACAGUCGCGCUCAAACAGUUUUUGCCAGUGUCUUACGUUCCAAAGUUAUACCCCCUAUUAGCUAUAAAAGGGAAAUUUAUACUCUGAAAGAUGGAGGAGAAGUAGCUUUGGACUGGAUGGACACGAAUUGUAAUUCAAAUUCGCCUUGUAUUAUUAUUUUACCCGGCUUGACAGGUAAUUCUCAAGACGAAUAUGUAAAGUGCCUAGUAUACGCGGCCAAUAAUUCUGGCAUACGUGUUAUCGUCUUUAAUAAUCGCGGACUUGGUGGUGUAACUAUCAAGACGCCACGCCUCUAUAAUGCCUGUAACUGUGAGGAUUUGGCUGAGGUAGUGCAACAUGUUCGAAAUGUAUUGCCUGCACACUGCAAAAUAGGAGCUACUGGUGUUUCGAUGGGUGGCCUAGUGUUGGGUAACUAUUUGGCACGUAGAAGCCAGGAAGCGCGGACAUAUUUGUCGGCAGCUAAAAUAAUAUCAGUACCUUGGAAUGUGCAUAAAGCUAUUGAUAGUAUAGAACAACCGAUUUUAAAUAAUCUUCUCGGACGUAUAUUAACACAAAACAUGUAUCGUACUUUAAUGAGAAGUGGACUGCACGAACAUCAGGAACUCGAUAUGAAAAGUAUUAAAACGUGCAAAACAAUCAGAGAAUUCGACACCAAUUUUACCAUUAAACAUUUUGGUUAUCCCAGUGUAGAAGAUUAUUACAACGAUGCUACUUUGCAAGAUAAAUUGCAUCACAUCUCCGUGCCACUACUGUGUUUGAGUGCUGCCGAUGAUCCAUUUCAACCGCUUGAUGCCAUUCCCAUCAAAGCCGCAAACGAAAGCAGUCACGUGGCUAUUAUCGUAACUGCUCGUGGAGGCCACAUUGGAUUUCUAGAGGGAUGUUUUCCUUCGGCUAAAGAUCAGUACAUAAGUCGUGUUUUCGUCGAAUACUUUACUAAAGCCUUAUUUGACGAAGAAGGUGAAUUUCAGCGAAUUAAAGAAGAUCUUCACCGAACUUACUUUGAGAAACAUAGUGAUAUCAAAGCUUAAUGUAUUAUUUAAACAUAUUUAUUGAUUAUUUAACUGGUUAAUUAAAUUAAUAAGUUGUUACUAAAAAUAUAUAUGAACUAUUAUUUAUAAUCAAAAAGAAAAAUAUUAGUUUUCACAAAAGUUCAAGUAUAUAGAUACUAAUUUUAUAGUAUGUAUAUAUGUACAUACAUAUGUAAGCUACUUUUGAAGAAUCAUAUUUUUAAAGUCUGUUAACGCAGUCAGUCAAAAUAAAAUUUUAAUUCUUUGAUAACAUAC